AUGGAGUUGGGGAUAGGAGGGAUAGGGUGGUGGGGGGGUUUUGGGGGGGGUUGGGGGGGGUUUGGGGGUUGGGUGGAGGGGGGGGGGGUGGGGUUGGGGUUGGGGGGGGGGGGGGUUGAGGGUGGGGGUGGGGUUGGGGGGGGGGGUGGAGAGGAGUGGUUUGGGGGGGGGGUUGUGGGGUGGGGGUGGGGGGGGAAAAGAGUUGGGAAGGGAGGGUGGGGAGGGGUGUAA